AUGGCUGUAGCAAAAACAGUUAAGAUAUCGAAUGCAUUUAUCAGUAUUGCUAAAAACACUUGGGGAAUUGGCAGUAGAGCAGCCAAACUGAUUUAUCUUGGGGUAAUUGAUCCCAUCAUUCUUUAUGCUGCUCCUAUCUGGGCAAAGGCCUGUUCAAGAAUUAACAUUCAAAAGAAAUUAUUUGAAGCUCAAAGGGUGGUGGCCCUUAGAAUUUGCACCCAUUUCUGCUUUAUUUGUCUAGCAGGAUUGAUACCCAUUCACAUCAAGGUCGGAAUGAUUUUCCCUUUCAAAGAAGAUAUUUUUAAGUUUGGUAUAGAACAAACAAAUGUCGACUUAAGUGUGGAGCAGGACUAUCCCCAACUAGAUAGCAUCGCUUCGAGUCAAGACCAAAACAAUGAUUCUAAAAUGGAAUACAUACAACAACUUCCAUCGGGUCCAUUGGACGAAUAUAGAAAUAAGGCAACGUUCGACUGGAGAAAAAUGAAAGUAUUAAUGGAAGGAGAGGAUUUCCUACGUGUAAAACACGAACUAUGCAAAAUAAUGGAAUCCAACCCAUUAUACGAGCACGGUAGAGAGGAAGAUUCUUUACCAAAUUACAGAACGAUUACUAUUGAACGAUGCAGACAUAUCUUAAGUAUAGUUUUUGAUAAAUACAAAGAUAAUCCAUUAGCAAAAGUCUAUAUAAAUUUGUUCUUCACAAUGUACGAUGCGUCUCUGAGUGUGAAAUUAUCAAUGGGAUAUUUGAUGUUUCAUGCUAUAAUUGCAUCCCUCGGAACAAAAAGGCAUCGUUCCCUUGUCAAACAAGCAGAAAAACUCGAGAUUUCAGGAUGCUUUGCAUUAACUGAACUAAGCCACGGAUCUGAUAGCAAAAGAAUAGAAACAACAGCUAUGUACGAUGCUAAUACUCAGGAAUUUAUAUUGCAUACUCCAAGGAUCGAAAGUAUUAAAGUUUGGAUAGGUAACUUGGGGCAGACAGCCACACACGCUUUAGUCUUCGCUCGACUUUAUACGCCAGAUGAAGUAUGCCACGGCCUUCAUGUUUUUGUGGUUCCUAUCAGAGACCCGAAGACUAUGCUACCUUAUCCGGGAGUACACGUUGGAGAUAUGGGUUAUAAGAUUGGACUUAAUGGAUUGGAUAAUGGAUUUGUUUCAUUUCAUCGAUAUAGAAUACCACGUGAAAAUCUGCUAAAUCGGUUUGCGGAUGUCAGUCCCGAAGGAAAUUAUCUAUCUUCUUCUAAGAAUAAGAAAACCGAAAUGGGUGAAUUAUUUGGAUCGAUAUCCUUUGGCAGAGUUUUCAUCUCUCAGAUGUGUACGAAAAAUUUACAAAAGUGCAUGGCUAUUUCCAUCAGAUUUUCGGCUGUCAGGAAGCAAUUUGGACCGUCUCAAGAAACAUCGCUUCUAGAAUAUCAAAGUCAGAAUAAGAAAACCGAAAUGGGUGAAUUAUUUGGAUCGAUAUCCUUUGGCAGAGUUUUCAUCUCUCAGAUGUGUACGAAAAAUUUACAAAAGUGCAUGGCUAUUUCCAUCAGAUUUUCGGCUGUCAGGAAGCAAUUUGGACCGUCUCAAGAAACAUCGCUUCUAGAAUAUCAAAGUCAGCGGUACACACUCGCUUCCGGUCUAGGAAUACUACGGAACGAUAAUGAUGUCAACUGCACGUACGAAGGAGAUAAUAACGUCCUCUUACUGCAAAUCGGCAAUUACUUACUCAACAUAAAAAGAAAGAAAGACGAAGAAAAUUUUCAACCAUCGCAGAGCAGCAGUGUAAGUUUUCUAAAUAAUUAUGACAAAAUCUUGAAGCAAAAAUUUCUAAUCAACGAAAUGGAAGAACUGUUAAACGUGGAAGUUAUACUGCAGAUAUAUUUGUGGCUGGUAAGCAACCUGUUGCAGAGAAGUUACGAAAAGUAUAAUUCCUAUUUAUCGGAGGGAAAAUCUUCCUUUUAUGCUCGCAACAACUCUCAAGUAUAUUAUUGCCGUGCCUUGUCUAAAGUAUAUGUAGAGCGGUACACUGCAGCCAAGCGAGAAGCCAAGAGAGCGGUGGCUGCAGCGUGGGCCAAACACCAUCGAGAUCUUUACGAGCAACUUGACAUACGGGAAGAUGAGAAGAACAUCUACCUACUGGUGAAAGCGCGAGACAUCGAACACUACAUACGUCUGGAAGCUCAAGGAUCUGCACACAGAGGCUACAACUUGGCUAACUGCGUUCUCCAAUGCUGUGGUAGUCACCGGCCGAUCUCCGGCGAUCCGGUCCACAAGUAUCACUGUAUUGGUCGUCAAGAACAAGGACGACCCAACAGUAUGAUCCAACUACUGGCCAAUAUGCCUACUGUCUCGGUCGAUAAUGCGCUCAAAGAUUUUCAUGUGUCGGCCAAUGUGGCUUUGAGGGGCUGUCGAACUACCGACGCAAUCUUCGCAGCCUGCAGGUUGAUGGAGAAACACCGAGAGAAAAACAAACCACUACACGUCGCCUUCCUCGACUUGGAAAAGACCUUCGACCGCGUACCCCACCAGCUCAUUUGGUAUGCACUCCAAGACCACGGAGUGCCUGAGGACCUCGUCAGCUGGGUCAGAAUGCUGUACACAAAUACCAGCAGCCGAGUGAGGUGCGCGACUGGUACAUCUGACAACUUUCCAGAGAACAUUGGCGUUCAUCAGGGUUCCGCACUGUCGCCGCUGCUAUUCAUUCUCAUCAUGGACACUAUCACAAAGAAUAUACAGAACGAUGUGUCUUGGACGCUGCUUUAUGCCGACGACAUCGUGCUUGCAACCACCACUCGAGAAGAGCUACAGUGCCAGGUGCAGGCCUGGAGUUUAAGUUACUUUGGCUUGCGCCUUAACACCAAGAAGACCGAAUAUUUAGAAAUUUUUCCAAAUGUGGGCACGAUCCAGGUCAACAAUGAUAACUUGUAUAAAACGCAUACUUUUCGCUACCUCGUCUCAACCCUACAGAGUGAGGGAGACAUCGACGACGAGGUACGAAUGAGGGUGAAUGCGGCAUGGUACGAUGGAGAAAUCACCGAAAAUUUUCAACCAUCGCAGAGCAGCAGUGUAAGUUUUCUAAAUAAUUAUGACAAAAUCUUGAAGCAAAAAUUUCUAAUCAACGAAAUGGAAGAACUGUUAAACGUGGAAGUUAUACUGCAGAUAUAUUUGUGGCUGGUAAGCAACCUGUUGCAGAGAAGUUACGAAAAGUAUAAUUCCUAUUUAUCGGAGGGAAAAUCUUCCUUUUAUGCUCGCAACAACUCUCAAGUAUAUUAUUGCCGUGCCUUGUCUAAAGUAUAUGUAGAGCAUACUUUGUUAUCAUCAUUUUCUACUUUUGUACAAAGCGUAGAGGACAUCAACAUAGCACAAAUUCUUCAAAAACUGGGUUGCUUGUAUGGCUUAUGGAGGUUACAGAAUUAUAUGGGAAUAUUAUAUGAAGGAGAAUGUUGUUGUAAAACUCUCUCAUCAUAUGUAGAAAAUGCAAUUCUGAAUCUGUGUGCAGAUUUAAAGGACAAUUCUGUUGCUUUGGCUGAUGCUCUUGCACCAUCUGACUUUAUUCUUAAUUCUGUUUUGGGGAAAUCAGAUGGACAAAAUAUGUAUGAUGAAAUUAAGAAAACACAAGAAAAUCCAGACUUUUCCAUCAAACCUGAAUACAUUCUCUUGCAAAGUAAGAUAUAGAAGCAUUUGACACUUAAAUAUGUUCGAACUGCCGACAAAACAAUUUGAAACCCAUCAACUAGAAAUAAGAAUUACAUUUAAAAUAUUGUAAUUUAUAGAAUAAUUUUAAUGUAAUUUCUGUACAAAAAUGCAAUUUUAAUGAAACUAUUUUAUAUAAUGUUUCAAAGAAAUAAAUUUUAUAA